AUGGCUGUUGGCAACCAUAAAGGGGUUAAUGGCCCUUCAGUUGGGGCUCAGCCAGUUGUAAAAGCUCUGUUAAGAACCGGGGAUGUGCUUGUUGAAUACGCCCCCUUAGAGGGUUCUAUUUCUGUUUCCCCUGAAUCCGCUAGUCACCGUUGGCAGGUCUUAAGUGAUGAUCUUAUAAGGAACAGUCCCUACUUUCGGGCCUUGCUUGACCCUAAUAAGUUUUCUGAAGGCAGGAAUCUCAUCUUACAGAAGGCGAGGUGGAACCAGGGUGGGAAAGCAUUAUCUGAUGAUGCUUCGAUCCAAAGUACCCUGCCAACUGUCAGGUUGCCGGUGGAUCAUCUCCCACCAAAAAUUGGGGUAGACGCAAUCGAACUAUUCCUUCGAGUGCUGUCAUUCAAUUCCUUUGACGAUCAAGAGAAAAUCAAACUUGACGGGGAGCUCAAAACCCAACCUACUUCUUUAGUUGCUAGACUGGUAGCGCUAGCUGAUGCCUUCAACUCUCCUGAUAUUAUCCGAGAAGCCCUGAAGAGAACUGGUUAUGCAUUUGGGAAAGGAAGAGUCCCAAUGGUGAAGUUCGAUGUCUCGAUACUGAGACUGAACGAGGACCGUAUUCGGCAAACAAUCUUCAUAGCAAGAUUUCUUAAUGAGUGUACUAUUCUCCAAGUAUGGACACAUGCGCUGAUCCUUCUUGGGUCAAAGUUUUGGGUAAAUGGCGUUGAACCACCUACGUCAGCUAGUGUCCGUUGGCGGUACUUCCCCGACGGUCUAGAAGAAGAAUUAUACUAUAGGCGACAAUGCGUUUUGAAUACCAUCACAGAUCUCCAAGCGUACUUUCUCCGCGCCUUUGGCGCACUGGAGGAGCCAGAACGCCUUAAAUUGCCCACUGCAUCGGUCGCAGGUACUACAGUGCAAUCCCGACAGUAUCAAUGUCGGUGCGGAUUCGGAAAUUCUAGUGCCUGCGACGCCUUUCAUCUGGGUCAAAUGACCCGCUUUUUCACUCUACGCACGAAGACGAUAUUCCUCGGAUCCACCCUAAUAGAUCCAGAUUUCAGCUUAGACUCCGAAGACGAGGAAACAGAACGCCCCCAGCCGGGCGGCCCCCCAAGUGACAUAUCAACUAUUAUCUCCUCGCUUAAGCAGUGUCCUGAUUAUCAAAUCGACACGAAUCAUAAUGGCUGCGGUGUGAGACGCCGGUUUCUUCCCCCUUUAGAUUGCAUAGAACGAUUCGUGGGUGACAGUAGAGGCCUACUAGGUAUUGAAGUGCAGGAUUGGGAUGGCAAAGAUUGGCCCUCUGCGUCUAGUUCAUGGGCAAACCGGUCACUUCAAAGAGCCCUAGUUCUCGAUGUCCAUUUGUCUCGAAUUAGCGCUAUACCGCUCAUGUCAUCGGGCCUAUCACGAUCCUCUUCCCAGGAGGAGAAAGCUCGUUUGCUUUUCACAGCAAAGAAGAGGAACUGGGAAGCUUAA